AUGGAUUCCUUUGUUCCAUCAAAUGUUCCAGUUGUUCUCAUCACAGGUUUUGGUCCAUUUCGAUCAGUGCUUCAGAAUCCAAGUUGGCAAGUAGCUAAAGCAUUAAAAAUGUAUCUAGAAUGGAAAUGUCCAAUACAUAUUAUUCUUGAAGAAAUCCAUGUUACAUAUGAUGAUGUAUCAACUAGAAUACCUGAUUAUUGGCUAAAAUAUAAUCCAACAUUAGUCAUUCAUAUUGGUGUAGCAGUUGGAGCAAAAGAAGUUCAAAUCGAACGAUGUGCAUGUAAUGAUGAUUAUUGUUAUAAAGAUAAUAAUGGCUGUUUACCAGAAGCCGGACGAUGUGUUAAAAGAGAUGCACCAGAAACUUUAACAACACAUCUUCCAAUUGAUGAUAUUUGUGCUCAAGUACAACGUCGAACAAAUAUACCGGUGAUAGUUUCCGAUGAUGCCGGAAGAUUUUUAUGUGAAUUUAUUUAUUAUCAGUCAUUAUUCAUUGAUCCAAAACGAACAGUUUUUAUUCAUAUACCUGAAUUAGAUGAAAAUUAUAGAGUUGAAAAUUUAGCUGAAACAAUUCAAUUAAUUAUUUAUGAAUUACUUCGUUAUGUUGAUCCAUUACCAAGUUUAAAUCAAGAUGGAAAUUAUUUAAUAAAUUCUAAUAUGCGAAAAAAUUUAGACGCAUGUGAAAUGAAAAAUUAA